AUGGUUUUCUCCCACUUUAUAAGAACAGUUCUUUUUCUUUUCAUUGUUUCUCUUCACCUUUCUUGCAAGACUUUAUCAAGCUUAGAACCAGAAGAUAUUACUAUCGAUGUAAGCCAAGCCUAUAAACUCCUUCAUCACGGCUACACUUUUCUCGAUGUCAGAACUGUUGAAGAAUUCGAGAAAGGUCAUGUUGAUUUAGAGAAAGUCUUCAAUGUUCCCUACUGGUUCUAUACUUCACAAGGUCAAGAAAAUAACCCAAAUUUCUUUAAACAUGUUUCAUCUCUCUUUAACCAAACGGAUCAUAUCGUCGUGGGAUGUAAAUCUGGAGUUAGAUCUUUGUAUGCUACCAGGGUUCUUGUGUCUUCUGGAUUCAAGAGUGUAAAAAACAUGGACGGUGGUUAUAUAGCUUGGAUGGAGAAGAGACUUCCAGUUAAAGUGGAACUAAAGGAACUCAAGUACGAUGAGCUCUGAUUCAGAUAACCCAAUGAUGGCAUUUUAAAUUGAAUCUACAUACUUAAAUUUAAACUAGUCAAGGCCUUUUGAAUAUUAGAUUCUCUUUAGUUUGUAAACUGUAAAAUGUUUUCACUUAUUAUAGG